AUGCCACCAGCUGCCGCCGCCGCCCCUGGCCCACCCCGCCGCCGCCUGACCCAUCGCCGCGCUCGCCUCGAUCCGCUGCAGAGCUUGCCCCGCCCGCCAGCCACGCGCACCCUUCUCGACCAAGCGGUCAACGCCAUCCAUCCGUGCGCGCGCCCACCUCUCGCUCGAUCCCACGCAGCUGCGCGCGCUCGCCGCUCGAUCUGCCCGCAGCCCCGCGCUCCACGGCCAACCACCCCACGCGCCCGCUCCCGAUUCCUUGCCGCUGCAUCCCUCGGCCCCCGCGUGGACCACGCGCUCGUGCAACUUCCGCGCACGCAUCCAGUGCCAGCCGCCGCAGCCUGCCUUGCCUCGCCUCUCCCAGGCCCCGCGCCCCAAGACGCCUCGCCGCCGGCCAAGCCCCGCUCACAUCGCUCAGAGCCGCAACAGCAGCUCCUCCGGCCACGCACCACCUUGCUCCCGCUCGGGCCACCUCCAACCGGCCGCCCACCAUCCAGGCCACCCUCGCCGCCUCCCGCGCGCCCGCCCACCCCGGCCCUCGCCGCUCGCGCCAACAGCGGCCGCCCAUCACGCAGCCCCGGCCAACUCCCGCAACUGCUGCUCGCUGCCCGCGCCCACCGCCUUGCUCGCUCGCGCACCAAGCCUGCCCCGCCUGCCGAGCCGCUCACCGCCAGUGAUGAGGUUUAA